GAGGAAAAUGUAAGACAUAAAAGUGAACACUUGAUUGAAUCCCUUUGUAUAACAUUGGAGCCAAUUAUAGGCAAUUAUAGCUAUCAAACUCAUUUUCCGGCUGAGAAGGCAAAUAAUAGCAUUCACCUAAUCAUAAACCUUUUUGCGUAUUUAUCUUUUAUCCCCUCCUUUCGUGCCUUUCCCCCUCCUACUUCUUAAUGACACCGAAUUAUGCGGACUUAUAUCUUCGCUUUGUGCAUAAAUAGUUCACGGCGCGCUUUACACUUGCAGCAGGGUCUACGUGGAAUAUAACCUGUUAUUUCAGCUAUCAAUUCUGUAAAUUAGGGACAAAAGAAGCCAUUUUUAUUUUUUUAUUUUCUUGAAAAUUUUCAUUUAAUUGGCCCACGUAGGAAAGCAGAAAAGAUGAGGAAUUGUCAGUUCUUAUUAUGUAUCUCUCUUCUUCUGUGUGGGAUGCUGACAGUAAGCUUUAGCUUAUUGCCUAAAGAUAAAAUAGAUAAAAGGGGAUGGACAUUAAAUAGUGCUGGAUACUUACUUGGACCACAUGGUCAUGGGACUCUGACUGAUAAAGGAAAUAUAGCUGGGAAAAGGGAGACAGUGGAAGACACAUUUAAGUCUGGAAGAGAUACGUAUGGAAUUCAGCUCCAUUCUUUGGAUGAUAACACAGUUACAACCAUCCUGGAAUUCUUGUCAUAUCUGCGCCUCAAAGAACUGGGAGCUCUGGAUCACUUGGCAAUGAUCAUCGCCGAAGAUUCUUCACAACCCUAGCCACCAUUCCCUGUAUUUUCCAGCUUUACCGAAGCUGUGAUCUCUGAUCUACCACCCAGUAUUCAAGUUAUAUAUUACAAAAUACAUAUUAACCUUGUACAGUUUCGGAUACACCAACUUUUUUGGUUGACAUUACGUUUUCUACAUUCGAACCUGAGGCAUUUGUUAAGAAUUGCUAAUGUCAAUGUUUUUACAACCAUUUCCUUUAUAGUGUAAGUUCUAGAGCUGCAAUUCUACAGCCACUGCCCUCAAUCAUCAUACCAGGUUUUUAAUGAAACCAUAGAUAGGUUUAUGUUGUUCUAAUACCAUGAUGAUCAUUUAAUUUUAGCUGUGCUCUUUUUAAAUAAUCUUCUUUUGAAGUCUGAUGGCUUUUGAAGACAGUCAUUCGUUUGGAUAACCAACAGAUCAUCCUGUUCUACAAAACAGGAAUAGAAAAAACACUUUUAAUCUCUUCAAAACUUCAGAACCCUAAAUUAUGGGUCAAUCAGCUUUUACUCAAAAAAUAAGAAGUUUAUGUUUCCUUUUCUGAAGCCAUUUUAGCUAAAAUAGCCAGAGUUCACAUGUAGUGACACCUGUAUACUGUAUAUAUAAAUGUCUAAUUAUGGGAACACAAUUGUAAGAAAUGUCCUGAUAAUAAACAGAAUUUAUUUCCCAUGUAAUGCUGAGACAUAAAGCAUGGUCCUUUAUACGCUUAUGAUUAGAGGCUACUAAAGACUUUAGCCUCCACGGUCUGUGAGCAGGGAGUUAAGUGAACAGAAAUACAAGUAUUUAUCCUUAAGUCUGGGAGAUACUUAGGGGGUGAUUCACUAAGGGUCGAAUAUCGAGGGUUAAUUAACCCUCAAAAAUUCGACUAGGA